GCAAAUAUUAACAAUCGACAAAAAUAGGUUUGUAGAAUUCACGCGCUGUUUGUUAUGCAUCUCCAGUGGAAGCCCGGCGCUCCACUCCAAACCCCGCGCGUGGCGGAAGAGAUUAAAGUGCAUUCUCGUCGGCUGUCCGAAUCGAAACCCCUAAAACACUGUCGUUUUCGUUUCACAGCUGAACUUCUCCACUCUCUCUCUCUCUCUCUCUCUCUCUCCCCCUCCCCUUGUUUGCAACGACGGCAGAAGUCGGAAUCGAAAGAAAAGCAGAUUUUUACUUGCUUAUUUUUUAGAGAGUAUUAGAUCAUCUCAACUGAGCAGGGUUUUCCGAGUUAUUUGAUUCAGCUAAGAGAUGAAGAGGUGACCCGCCCUGCUUUGUAUAACAUUAAGUUGUAUCUGAACAUGGAUAAAGUGUCUUCUGACUGUCCAUACCCAGGAUGUUUCUUUUGUGUCAUGAAGGAAGGGAACCCAAGUAAGCGAAGAGCCAGCAUCCUGAAGUUCUUUAGAGAGCUUCCUGCACAGGAUGACGAUGGCCAGGUUCUUCCUAUCAGUGGCCUUUGGAACACUGCCAUGGCACAUCCGAAUGACCCUGAGUUCAUCGAGCUUGGCAUCUUUGAAUGUAUGGCUGCAUUGAUAUGGAAGGGUCUAAAGAACCGUCGCUGGCUUUCUCAUGAUCAGAAUAUAUACAUUCCUUAUUAUGCUGCUCAUAUUAUUGGAUCAUACACCAUGAACAUGGAAGAAUUUGCUGCAAGUGCUGUUCAUGCUGGGGUAAUCCCUCCCUUAGUUGAGCUUUUGAGAGGAAGGUUAACUUGGGUUGAACAGAGAGUGGCAGUUCGAGCUUUAGGGCACUUGGCUACCUAUGCCAGCACUUUUCCUGCCGUAGCAAGUCAUGGCGAAAUUCUUGAGCUUUCGAUUCAACUAGCAAUGAGCUCACUGGAAAUAGUCUAUUCUCAUUUUUACCAGUAUGUUGACAGAAGGUUAAGCUAUCACUGCGAUCUGCUCACCCGCGGUAUGGGAGGUGUUGAAAUGGAGUCCAGAAAGGCAGAAGAGUGGGCGAGUCAGUUACAGUGCUGGUCCCUCCAGCUUAUUAACUGCUUUGCCUUUAAACCGGAGUUUCUUCCUACCAUAUGCAAUCCUGAAUUCUUAACGAAACUACCUGGCAUGUGGGGUGGGCUUGUUAAUGAAAACUCACCAGCUGGUAUCGGUUUAUUAAGGACAAUUUGCCAUCAUAAGCUCGGUAGAGGACCAGUUGCUGGCUGUCCCAGUAUCAUCGAAUCUUUGUGUAAUAUAUCUCGGUCAUCAGAUGAUUGGCAGUAUAUGACUAUUGAUUGCCUUCUGUGGUUGCUUCAAGACCCUAGUACCUGCCAUAAGGUUGUUGAUAAGGCCGUACCUGCACUUGUUGACCUUGCUGAGAUUACAACUCUGGGUGAUCACAAGAAACUAGGAGAUUCCAUUGUUAAUGUUCUUGAGGAAUGUGUCCAGUCCCAAGGGACAGGACGUAACUCUUUUAGUAACCGAACGAAAGAAUUGAUCGAGGAACUUUUGAAUUCCAGACAGAGAUUGAAAUGGGAAAAGAAUAUGCCUAAAGAGGAUCUCCAUAUUAAACAGGCUGCAGCACUAGUGGUCAAGCUUGAAGGAAAUUCUCUGUUCUCAUCAGGAAAUAUAUCUGGAGCUGCAUCAAAAUACUCAGAAGCUCUGGCAUUGUGUCCGAUGAGAUCCAAAAAGGAGAGGGUUGUUCUGUACAGUAACCGAGCUCAGUGUCAUCUUCUGUUGCAACAGCCCUUGACAGCUAUUAGUGAUGCUACUCGUGCACUUUGUCUUCACAACCCACUGAACCGUCAUGCCAAAAGUCUUUGGAGAAGAGCGCAGGCUUAUGACAUGCUUGGGUUUGCAAAAGAGAGUUUGCUAGAUGCCAUUCUGUUCAUAAACGAGUGCUCUCAGUCAAAUGAUCCUGAUCUCUCAUUGAGGCAGAAUAAAGUUCCAGACUAUGCUGAACGAUUGGUUAAAAAGCAGAUGCGUGCAGCGUGGUUAUUUAGAGAAGCAGCUAUCAAACAUGGGGGUGUCCAUUGUGAGGGUGAUGCUGGUGACGUCUUUGGCCGAGAGACUGAUGAUUCCGAAUGGGAGACUGCAAGCGAGAGUGAUAUAGGAAAUGAUGGAAGAGAUGAAAUGGGAAAUGAAGAGGAGGAGGAGGAGGAUGAUGAUGAUGAUGAUGAUGAUGAUAGCGAAUGGAAGAAUAAUGAUGAGAGGAAAGAGAAAUAUGAUAAGUCUUCAAUUAAAGGUGGAAUGGAACUGCCCAGAAUGUUAAAGUUAAGUCUGAAAUAAAUUUUUAAUCUUCAACGAUUUUUUUUAAACAAAUCUUUCUAAGACUGAAAUAGAUAUUAGAAAUUUUAAUCUUUGAUGUACAUUGUGAUAGAAUUGUCUGGCAUAUUAUGUAUCAUUAGCUGUAAACAAUUCCAUUGUUAUAGUUUUCAUAUACUCAUUCCAGCCAACAAAGAGAAAACAAAACAAAGUUUGCCGGCUCGACCCCUGCUUGGUGGUGAGCUUUUCCAUGAGUUAUUGCCAACCCUCAUAACCGACAAUCAUAUUCUUGUGCAAGUAGUAUAUCCAUCAUAUAGGGCUACCGAGUUCGUCUUGUGUCCUAGAGAUUUCUAAUAUCUAAUCAACAAAAGCGGGCUUUCAGAGCUGUCAUAUGCAUGACCAUAAUCUGACUUAUUCUUGUGUUCCCAGUAGAAGAAACUUUGUAUUAUAAACUUUUAGAGUGAUUAUCACUUGUUCAAAUACCAUGCUUAUGUAGCAAUGACAUAGAUUACGAAUUGCUGCAUCUUAUCACUUCUGACUUCAUAUUAGAGUAGGUUUAAUGUAGAUUACAUUUAUGUGUUUUGGCUGCCCAUUCGCAGUUUUCUCUGUACACUAGUAGUCGAUUAUUCAGGCAAGCUUGAACUUGUUAUUUAGAAUUUUGGCUCAUAUAAAGUUGUUUGACAUUGAUGAAAUUUAUGUUUGGCUGCCUGUUCUCAGUUUUCUUUUGUUUUUGGUCCAUUAAUUAGCUAAGCUUUAAACCUGUAACUUAGUAUUUUAUGGUGUUAAAGCGUUCACCUAGCAGUCAUAUAGUUCUACCAGUUGAUGAUGCUAUUGAGGUUUUUUUCAACUUUGAAGCUUUGUUGCCAUCUUACCUUGAUUCCUUGUCGUGUCUAUCAUGUAUUUUCUUCCGUCAACCUUUUGUUUUUUCUUUUUAAGCUUUAGCUAAAUGUACCAAUGUUCAAGCCCGAGCCAAUCCUUGCAUUUUCAUGGGGAAAUAUGAGAUCAUUGAACAUCUAAACAUUCUUCAUUGGAACCUUGA